AUGGCUCCCACGAAGUCGGGGCUGAGGGAGUACAAUGACGCCAGCGAGUACCUCUCGGCCCAUAAAGCUGCCUUCCCCCAAGCCGGCCAGGGGCAAGAACGACCAUCUUGCCUCCCUCACACUUGUGACCUAACGAGUAGUCAUACCAGCGUGUACCCAACUCCAGGUACCCUGUGGCAAGAGGGUACCCCUGUGGCAGAAGUGCUCUUAGUGCGCGGGGCUCUAGUGCUCCUGGUGCCCGGCCACCAGUGCUCCUGGUGCCCGGCCUCCAGUGCUCCUGGUGCCCGGCCACCAGUGCUCCUGGUGCCCGGCCACCAGUGCUCCUGGUGCCCGGCCACCAGUGCUCCUGGUGCCCGGCCACCAGUGCUCCAGUGCCCGGCCACCAGUGCUCCUGGUGCCCGGCCUCCAGUGCUCCUGGUGCCCGGCCACCAGUGCUCCUGGUGCCCGGCCACCAGUGCUCCUGGUGCCCGGCCUCCAGUGCUCCUGGUGCCCGGCCACCAGUGCUCCAGUGCCCGGCCACCAGUGCUCCAGUGCCCGGCCACCAGUGCUCCUAGAGCCCGGCCUCCAGUGCCCGGCCACCAGUGCUCCUGGUGCCCGGCCACCAGUGCUCCUGGUGCCCGGCCUCCAGUGCUCCUGGUGCCCGGCCACCAGUGCUCCAGUGCCCGGCCACCAGUGCUCCAGUGCCCGGCCACCAGUGCUCCUAGAGCCCGGCCUCCAGUGCUCGGCCACCAGUGCUCCAGUGCCCGGCCACCAGUGCUCCUGGUGCCCGGCCUCCAGUGCUCCUGGUGCCCGGCCACCAGUGCUCCUGGUGCCCGGCCUCCAGUGCUCCUGGUGCCCGGCCACCAGUGCUCCUGGUGCCCGGCCACCAGUGCUCCUGGUGCCCGGCCUCCAGUGCUCCUGGUGCCCGGCCUCCAGUGCUCCUGGUGCCCGGCCUCCAGUGCUCCUGGUGCCCGGCCACCAGUGCUCCUGGUGCCCGGCCUCCAGUGCUCCUGGUGCCCGGCCACCAGUGCUCCUGGUGCCCGGCCUCCAGUGCUCCUGGUGCCCGGCCACCAGUGCUCCUGGUGCCCGGCCUCCAGUGCUCCUGGUGCCCGGCCACCAGUGCUCCUGGUGCCCGGCCACCAGUGCUCCUGGUGCCCGGCCACCAGUGCUCCUGGUGCCCGGCCUCCAGUGCUCCUGGUGCCCGGCCACCAGUGCUCCUGGUGCCCGGCCACCAGUGCUCCUGGUGCCUGGCCACCAGUUGCCUGUACGAGCACCAGGCCCCGAGGCUCUACCACCUCCGCCGGUAGCAACCUUCAGCUCCUUUACAAUUCUAACGAAAUAAUUUGUAAACCAAAUUUUGUUACCGAGAAUUAUCAUCAUUUCUGGUUUUCCCAGGAAUAA